AUGACAAGACAAAGAGUUGGAAAAGCAGCUUGGUAUGAACCAGAGCUCCCUAUUCUGGGCUACGACGCUGAAAGGUCGAACGCAGCCAGACAUGCCGUGCUAGACACUUCGAUUGCGACAAGGCCCAACCAGUCUGCCGGCGCUGCAGCGACAGUGGUCCCGGCUUUCAACGUCCGAUUUCGACCGCGCAGCAAUUUUUCCGUAGGUCGAGGUAAGUUCAGUGCUGGUCCCCAGCAGAAAUGGGCCGAGACUCGGAAGACCUUAACUUUCGUCGAUGAAACGCAAAGUGUGGGCAAUGAGCCUCUGCCAACUCCAUCCUCCGCAACGUCUUCGGCGGAUGCCGGUCUGGGAACAACAACAUUGCCGGUGACAGAUGAUCAUGGCGCCCAACUUGACCCGCAUGCUGUCGAGACGAUCCAGUUCAUGCCUCACAAAAGCCCACUGCAACCUGUACUUCCAAAUGACGUCGGUUCUCAAGACUACGACGACACCGCCGUCAGGAUCCGUGACCUACCAUGUCAAUCUACUGUCAACGACACCUACCCAGUCUCUUUCCAUGACCCGUUGUCGAGUCCCAUAAGUCCAUGUCGAGCCGGGUCACUCUAUGUUGAACCCUAUCACAAGAAUCUCAUUGGAUACCGAUUUAACGAACUUCUCCAUUAUUUCAAGGUGGCGGUUGGAUCAGUUUGGUUCGACGUAGCAGAUCCGGAGUUCACAAGAGAGGCUCUGCGUCUCGCUCCGCUUUGCCCUUUGCUCCUCUACUCCAUGCUAGCUACAGCGGCAAUACACAAAAGUCGCUUCGCCGACGAUCCCAUUAUUGCGAGAGAUUGUGCUGCCGAAGCAGACCGCCAUCACGGCCUAUGCGUAAGUCUGCUACUACCAAUGCUGCAAGAUAGGGAAUCGAUCACCGACGGAGCCUUCCUUGCAUGCUCAACAAUCCUCCGCUUCUACGAAGAGAUUAGCGCUCCAGUCCAUGGAAGGGACGAUGCACGCCACCUUCUAGGCGGCUACGCAUCAGUUGAAGCGACGACAACCGAGUCACAGAGCUAUACUGGACUGAGCGAUGCAGCCUUCUGGGUACACCAGAGGCAAGACGUCUACAAUGCACUGAUCAAUCAGAGGAUCCCUAAAACAGACCUCUCCCAAGCACGCCUUGAUCGCUCCAUGACUCCUGCGGAUGAAUGCGUAUGGGCAAAACGUGCAACUUGCCUGAACGCUGAUGUUGUCGAUUAUUGCUUCGGCAUCGAUUCAGGAUCCGUGCAGAAGUAUCAUGCCAUUGUGGAUAGGUUGGAAGAUUGGCACCAGAACCUACCCGACACUUUUCGCCCAGUAUACUAUCGGGAGAGAGAAUCCGACAGCGCACGCUUCUUUCCAGAGAUUUGCCUGCUCCUGGAUUGUUGUAGUCAGUCUGUCCGCUUUCCUUUGUAG